AUGGAAGAAUUAUGUGUGGCCAAAUCCAGUGGAAGCUUGGUUCCACCUUGUGCACCAACACCUCCGGAUACGCUGCAUCUAUCGCGAAUCGAUAGAUUACCAGCCCUCAGAUGCAAUGCUCGCACACUCCACGUUUUCGAGGCACUUGGCCCUCCUGGAGCUGCACAGUCCAUCAUACUCCAGGCCUUAUCCAAGGCAUUGGUCCCUUACUAUCCUCUAGCUGGUCGUCUAAUUUCAAACCCACCUCAGGUUCAAUGCAGUGGAGAGGGUGUUUGGUUUGUGGAGGCAUCUGCAAAUUGUACCCUCCAAUCUGUUGCUUACUUUGAGGACGUCACCUCCAUUCCAUUCGACAAGCUACUUCCUCAUCAUCCUCCUCAAACUCAAGCCAUCGAUCCUCUUGUUCUAAUGCAGGUGACAGAAUUUGAAGGUGAUGGGUUUGUAAUGGGACUCACAUUCUGCCAUACCAUAUGCGAUGGUCUAGGAGCAGCUCAGUUCCUUAAUGCCAUUGCUGAGUUUGCUAGAGGUGCCCACCAACUCACCAUUUCCCCAGUUUGGCACCGUGAUUUUCUUCCUCAACCACAAACCAUAACAAGUUGUACACCACCACCUGCAAAUUUCAUGCUCCCACCUGCUGAUUACGAGCUGGAGCAAGCUAAUAUAGACAUUCCACUCCAUCACAUCAAUCAGCUGAAGCAGCAAUUCUUAGCUUCCACUUUCGAAAUCGUAGCAGCCAUUCUGUGGAGGAACCGUACCAAGGCAAUCAGCUUAGGGUCGUCUGAAAACAGAAUGAUGAAGCUUGUGUUUUUCGCAAACUGUCGUCACCUGGUGCAACCGCCUUUACCCAAAGGCUUCUAUGGAAACUGUUUCUUCCCGGUGACCAUCAGCGCAUACAGCGAUACAUUAUCAAAAGCGGAAAUGGGCGAGGUGGUAAAGAUGAUCCAGGAGGCGAAGGCGAAUCUUGGUAACGAAUUCGCAGAUUGGGUAAGCAUCAAGAAAGAAGAAAAGGAAGACCCUUUUGCACCACCACUGGGAUACGGCACCUUGUUUGUUUCGGAAUGGGGAAAACUGGGUUUUAAUCAAGUUGAUUACGGAAAAGGAGAAGCUGUGCAUGUUGUUCCGAUGCAAGGGUCCAGCAUUAUACCAGUUGCAAUUGUGGGAACCAUGCCUCGUCCAAACAAAGGAAUUCGUGUGAUGACAUGGUGUGUCCACAACCCCCAUCUUCAACCUUUUCUUCAUGCCAUCACUCCACCAAGUUACUAUAAUUAAUGCAAUCCCAUGAUCAUUUAUCCAAUAAUAAUUGUGAUUCACUCGUACUGCAUCGCAUGGCCGGGUACACUACUAGUGUGUAUAUAUAUAUAUAUUAUAUGUUUAAUUGCUUUUAAUUCAUGUCAUGGGGUUUACCUACAUGUUUGCAUUGCAUCUAUCUGUAUAUGUAAUCUUGUUUUAAUUUUAUGCAAAGAAAUAAACAAGAGAAUUAACUUUG